AUGACACCUGCACCCAAUCCCUUUGCCCUGGCGCAACAAACUCCUCGCCCAACGACUCUGCUUGCUGCACCGAAUAUCCCUCAGCCAGGCUCCAGAUCACCACACUAUCCUUCGAGCUCUUACAGUCAUUCUGCCUCACCAAGUACUGCCUCUGCAGGCCUACCGGACAUUCAACGCCAAGAUGGCAGUGCCUUGGUCAUCUCUCCCACCCAGAUACCCUCUGCCAACUUGGCUGCACAGAAGAGAGCCUACAGACAGCGAAGAAAGGACCCUUCAUGCGACGCAUGUCGAGAACGCAAAGUAAAGUGCGAUGCUACCGAGACCUCAGCAUGUUCAGAAUGUUCGAGCCGAAAUCAUCGGUGUCAGUUCACCAAGGAGACAAAUCGCCGCAUGUCAUCAAUCAAGCAGGUCCAGGACUUGCAGAGUCAAAUUGCCGAGUUGACUCAUGUAAAUUCCCAGCUACGAAACAAGGUAUCUGACCAGAGUCCUAUGGAUGGAGAGCGAACAGACAUGAAACGCAGACACUCUGAAGUAUACACUGGAGUGGUACUAGGACCGCGGCAGAUAUGUGUACCAGUCCUAGACAACUUCAACCACGUUCGCAGUAACAUUCGAGAGCAUUCUCACGACAUAUUCAAUAUGCCCCACCAAAACGUCUUGCGGACUGCGGAGCCGAAUUGGCCGCUGCCUGCGGUGCCUUUGCGUGCAGACUAUGCGUACUUUUCUCGGUCGUUCCUCGAUACGGUACACGAUUGGUACCCUGCAAUACAUUGGCCUACCUUUCAGCACAAAGCAGACGAGGUUUAUGCCGCACGCAGCUUUGAAGGUUGCUCUCGGGAUUGGAUUGGCUUGUUCUUUGCAGUACUGGCUUGUGGCUGUUUGCAUCCUAGAUCAGAGCACAACAUUUCUUGCAACGUGCUAUCAGAAGGCCAGGCUAUGUUUGAGACUGCAGUGUCUGCUCUCCAGCCUUGGACACAAGAGCUUACUAUUACACAUGCUCAGGCGGCUCUGCUGUUGAGCAUAUUUGCCACAGAAAGCAACCAACGCUCCCUCGGCUCCAUCUGGCUUGCGUCUGCGGUAAGAAUUGCGCAAGAACUACAGAUAAGUCCUGAAAUGGACUGUUGGUCCGCUUUUGACGGCGAAAUUCGACGCAGACUUUGGUGGUCCAUCUACGUCCGUGACAGAAUCAUGUCACUCGAGACAAAUCGUCCAAUGUUAAUCAACGAGAACGAUUGCGAGAUUUCGCUCCCAUCAUCAGUCGACGAUCGCUACAUACAGCCCAAUGAGCCAUUCCGUCCCUCGACAAAACCAGCCCAUUAUACUGGCUUUGUGGCGACAAUACACAUUACGCGCCUCUACGCCCCCCUACAGCACGCUUUGAAAUCUAGCGUUAUGCUCCCACAAACAACAGAAAGCUUCGAUGGACAGCUUCGCUCAAAGUUGCUCCUCCUGCCUGAAAACCACCAGCCAGACUCAGGGGCGCUGCUCGAUGCAAGGGUGUUGCCAACAGUUUUCGUCUUGCUCUCGGCUCGAUUUCAUCUCCACAGGCGGAACCUCAGCCCAUUGUCGAGCGCUAUAGGCCGAGCCAAUGCAUUAGAACGAUGCGUCUCUAUUGCCCAGGACACGGCAAAGUAUGUGUCAAGAGUAUUGCACAAUCCUUCAGUCCGCAGUUCUGGCCAGACAGGGGCAGAGAGAAUGGUGUUGGCCGCGAGUAACGCAGUAUGUCUACAUCUGUGGCGAUGCAUCCUGGUAUUAUGCUUCCGGGGCGAGUAUGAUGCAGCCUUGGUGUGCUUGCAUCUCUCGGAAGCUAUUGGCAGCACACGCAAGAUUAAUGCUGCUUGCGGCAAGAAUAUUGCCUUCUUUCUUGAGCGACUAUUCGACCGAACGCGCAACGGUAUCGGCAGUGGCAAACAGCUGGAACACGACGAGGAGAUGAUUGCAUACCUGAGUGCUGACAUACAAGGCAGUCUGGAGCAUUCCUGGGUCUGGGCAGGUACCAGUAUGGUUUCUGUGCCGGGCCAGGACUCGGCACCUGGCGCGACGGCAUCGCCGGGAGGCGACGAAGCAAUGCGAGACCGACUACCCUCACGCGCGCCACCACCCAAUGCAUUGUCGAAUGGAAGCGCAGAAUGGAAUGACUGGGGCCUGGUUGAGCACAUGGUGCGGCAAUUGAUGGGCGAGCGCCAUCACCGGAGUACGCAGCCAGCGGCCUAUUAUCCACCAGUGCACAAUCCCGUCAAACGAGUGCAACUCGCAUCCGACACGUAUUCACCGCCAAAGAGUCUAUCAAGUCCCAGCCCAGCACCGUCGAGCACAAGUCGUAUCAGCAUAGCGAAUAUCAUCUAA